AUGGAAGGAGAGGAGAGGAAGGAGGAGGAGGAGGAAGAGGAGAAGAUGAAGAAAUUCUACGUGCUUAUAGAGAACAUCAGAGCUACGAGAAUGCUGUGGCAGACAGCGCCGCCGAGUAAGCGGCAGAAAAGGGAAAGCUUGCUUUGGAAGCCGUCCUUUGAGUGGGAGGAUUUCUCGCAAGCUGUGAUGAGUUCUUCUAAUGUUGGAGAUGGUGGGAAAAGUAAGGGGAAGGAGAAGGAAGAAGGAACGGAGAGAGGUGUGGAUCUUAGCCUUGGGCUAUAG